AUGGUAUGGCUACCGACGGCAAGCUCAUGCACGCGGUGCAGUUCAACAGUUACGGCGGUGGCGCCGCCUCAUUAAAGCAUGUUGAAAUUGGGGUGCCUGUCCCUAAGAAAGGUGAGAUAUUGAUCAAGCUGGAGGCAAUGGGUUUGAACCCCAUUGACUACAAAAUUCAAUCCGGCAUUGCCCGCCCCUUCUUGCCCCCCAAAUUCCCUCAUAUUCCCGUCGUGCCCCGAUCCAUCUUAUUAGGUUCUGAUAUUACCGGGGAGGUUGUGCAAGUUGGUUCUGGCGUUCAAAGAUUCAAACUUGGUGACAAAGUCGUCGCCAUUCUCUCGAAUCGAGAUGGAGGUGGAUUGGCAGAGUAUGCGGUCGCUAAGGAGAGCAUGGCGGCCAGAAGGCCGCCGGAAGUGUCCGCGGCGGAAGCCGCGGGCCUCCCCCUGGCUGCGCUCACCGCUCACGAGAUGUUGACCCGAGUCGCCGGGGUCAAACUCGACGGGAGCGGUCCCCGGAAGAACGUCCUCGUGACGGCCGCCUCCGGGGGCGUGGGCCACUACGCGGUCCAGCUCGCGAAGCUGGGGAACGCGCACGUCACCGCGACGUGCGGGGCCCGCAACGCGGAGUUCGUGAGGAGCCUGGGGGCGGACGAGGUGCUCGACUACAGGACGCCCGAGGGGGCGUCCCUCGCCAGCCCCUCGGGGAAGAAGUACGACGUGGUGGUGCACUGCGCGACGGGGAUCCCGUGGUGCACUUUUGAGCGCCACCUAAGCAAGGACGGUAAGGUGGUCGACAUCACCCCGAGCGUCGCCGCCUUCGUGACGUCGGCCUGGAAGACGAUCACGUUCUCGAAGAAGCGGUUGGUGCCGUUGUUUACGUCUCCGAACGGGGAGAGGUUGGGAUACCUUGUAGGGCUGGUGAAGGAGGGGAAGCUAAGGGUAGUCAUAGACUCAAACUAUCCCUUGAGGAAGGCGGAGGACGCUUGGGGUAAAAGCAUUGGGGGGCAUGCCACUGGGAAGAUCGUUUUGGAGCCAUAGGUCUCUUUGUUCUAUUUCGUCUAAUCUCAUUGAUUCUUAUUUAAGCUUUUCGAGAUUUGAUGGAAUUUCACAUUCUCUCUCUAGACCUUAAUCUUCUUGAGAUUAUAUUGAACUUUUAUUGAUGAUCUUGAUUAAUCAGACUAGCUUUUAUAUGCAUGAUUUAUAUAUUGCCAUUUCUUUAUAUAAUAACUUGUGCUGCAUUAU